AUGCCCCGUAAGAAAUCAACCACAACUGCAACUCGCCGUAAGAAAUCAACCACAACUGCAAUUCGCUGUGAUGAAAUUACGAUGAUUCCAGCGGAUCUCAACAAAAUCACCAAGAAACGUGAAGAGGUCAAAGAAAAUAGAAUACGACAAUCCAUUCUAGCUAAACUACAAUGUGAUCUUUUUGACAGUAAAAAAGAGGUCGGAGUCUUGAGGGAAGAAAACAGAAAGCUUCAAGCGGAAAUGGAAGCGAAGGAUCGAGAACGGGAGAAAUCUACCAACGAAUUGAAGGAGGCUGAGCACCUCGGUGAGGAGAAUCGACAUCUUCGGAUGGAGAUUGAACAAAACAAGGGAGUUCUCUCCUCGGCCCAAUCAGAGAUUCAAAAACUGAAAGAAUCCAUCAUCGACCUGCAGGAAGAAAAUAAAUUGAAUAAAGACCAGAUCAGAAACGAGCAAAAGAAGUCGUCGAAACUUCAGAGGGAAGUAUUCCAAUGGAAGGAGCGCUUCAAUAUUGCUGUCGACUCGAACCGACUUGGUAGUGAUUUGAUUACAGGACAAAAAAAUCGAAUCUACCAAUUGAAAAAAGAAGCUGAGAAGAACAAACGUCAGAUGUAUAUAUUGAGAAAUUAUGUUACUGAACUGAAACGUAAAAAUGAUAUUUUUCACACUGCCAAUAAUCGCAUUUACCAAUAA